CGCCCCCUCCCCGCGGGCGGCGCCGCUCGGGGCCGGCGGUGCGGGCUGACAUCAGCGGCGGCUCCGCGCAGACCCCGCUGCUGCGGGGCAAACGCCUCCCUCCCCUCCUCAGUCGCUCCCUCCUUCCCUCCCCACCCUUUUAUUUUCCUAUCCACUCUCUCCGCGCAUCUCCCGCUUCCCGCGGAGCUCGCUCGCCCCCCGCGCCUUCCCGCAUGACUGUCACCAAGGGUCAAGGAGCACUCACGUUUCCCUGAGCCCCCAUCCAUCCUGGGUGUCAGGAGGCGCCCGACGAGCCUGUGGAGCAGAGCAGGGCAGAGCUCUUGUCGAGUCAAUGAGAGACCUCCACAAGUCUAGCGUGCUGGGAAGCAAGCACGGCAGCCUGCAGAUGUCAUGGCGCCCGCAGUAUCGCAGCUCCAAGUUUCGGAAUGUCUAUGGGAAAGUGGCAAGCCGGGAGCACUGCUUCGAUGGCAUCCCUAUCACCAAGAACGUCCACGACAACCACUUCUGCGCUGUCAACACCCGCUUCCUCGCCAUCGUGACGGAGAGUGCCGGCGGGGGCUCCUUCCUCGUCAUCCCCCUCGAGAGGACAGGCCGGAUUGAACCAAACUACCCCAAAGUCUGUGGUCACCAAGGCAACGUGCUGGACAUCAAGUGGAAUCCCUUCAUUGAGAACGUCAUCGCGUCAUGUUCUGAAGAUGCCUCGGUGCGGAUCUGGGAGAUCCCUGAAGGCGGCCUGAAGAAGAACAUGACGGAGGCUGUCCUGGAGCUGUACGGCCACAGCCGGCGCGUUGGCCUUGUCGAAUGGCACCCCACCACCAAUAACAUCCUCUUCAGUGCCGGCUAUGACUAUAAGGUCCUCAUCUGGAAUUUGGACAUUGGGGAACCAGUGAAGAUGAUUGAUUGCCACACGGAUGUUAUCCUUUGCAUGUCCUUCAACACCGACGGCAGCCUCCUGGCCACCACCUGCAAGGACAAGAAACUGCGGGUGGUGGAGCCACGCUCCGGCAGGGUCCUGCAGGAGGCCAGCUGUAAGAACCACCGUGUCAACCGUGUGGUCUUCCUGGGCAGCACGAAGCGGCUGCUGACGACGGGGGUGUCACGCUGGAACACACGGCAGAUCGCCCUCUGGGACCAGGAAGACCUAUCCAUGCCCCUGAUUGAAGAGGAGAUCGACGGGCUCUCGGGUCUCCUCUUCCCUUUCUAUGAUGCUGACACUCACAUGCUGUACUUGGCUGGCAAGGGUGAUGGCAACAUCCGAUACUAUGAGAUCGGCUCGGAAAAGCCCUAUGUCAGUUAUCUCAUGGAAUUUCGCUCCCCAGCCCCACAAAAAGGACUGGGGGUGAUGCCGAAGCAUGGGCUGGAUGUGUCAGCCUGUGAAGUCUUUCGAUUCUACAAGCUCGUCACCCUCAAGGGGCUGAUCGAACCCAUCUCAAUGAUUGUGCCAAGGAGGUCAGAAACGUACCAAGAGGACAUUUACCCGAUGACUCCGGGGACGGAGCCAGCCCUCACACCAGAUGAAUGGCUGAGCGGGAUGAACAGAGAUCCCAUCCUGAUGUCGCUCAAGGAGGGCUCCAAGAAGACGUCCAAACUUGUCUUUAAGACACCGGCGAGGGAGAAGAAGAGUGUUGUUGUUAAUGGCAUUGACCUGCUGGAGAACGUGCCGCCGCGGACAGAGAAUGAGGUAGGACAGCACAGCCCCAGACCAGGUGUGGAACUGGGGGUGGGAAGGAGGGAAUGGUCACUGGCUACAGCCCAGGAAGCUACUGCUCUGUGAGUCUCUGCUUGUGUUCCCAAACUGAGGUCCCCAGGCCCCAUGUUUCCCCAUGACUUGAAGUAUCCCACUCCGUGUUAACCACAGAGCACUCACGAGGAGCAGCAUUAAGCUCCUAAAUUUGUUUUUUUUUUUUUUAAUUAAAAUCCUUUUCUGGGAAUAACAUACAGAGGCACUGGGGAAACAUCAGCAUUUGGACCCAGAAAGAAUUUGUUUCGCUAGAGCUGUGGUUGCAGGCUGCACAUAUAGGGUAUCCCCAGGCUGCAAGGUGAGAGAUUAAGUCCAAGCGAGCAGACAGCACGGCAGAGGAAAUUGUGUUGCAAGAGCAGCAGAGCAACGAAACAGCCCCAGGGUGGCUCUGGGGGUUGGCAGAAGGGUGAAGCCCGUGGGUGAGCAGCCAGUGUGGUCCCUCCAGCUCUCUCCUUCCCUUCCAGCUCCUUCGGAUGUUCUUCCGACAGCAGGACGAGAUUCGGCGGCUGAAGGAUGAGCUCUCGCAGAAAGACAUAAGGAUCCGACAGCUCCAGCUGGAGUUAAAGAAUUUACGCAAAAGCCCGAAGAAUAAUUAACUUCCAGGGACAUUUUCUAAAUAAACUCUCUUUGUUUAUACUCGCUCUUUAAUUUUAUUGUAUCCACUUACACAGAAUAUGAGCCAGAAGUCAAGUGCCCACUCGCUAACUGGAAAUUCUCCUCUUAGUCUUGUCUAGCACUAAAACUGCUAUAACCAAAAGCUACUGCAUGAGAGGUGGCUGGGGUGCCCACCUUGCCCCGGCGCUGGUCUUGGAGUCAGUAAAGGCACAGUGUCCUUUCCAGCAGGAUUAACUGGCACAGGGAAGCCGAGGCGGCGGCAGCUCCUUAGGAAAGCGCGAUGCUUCGUUGCUAUUCAUGUUUUUUCCUAUGCAAAAAUGUGACAGCGGGUACAGAACUGGAGCUGGGGUGCAGGAAGGGCUUCAGUCACAGAAGCUCGAUGCCGGUGCUGCCAGGGAUGGUGGCUGUGGCAUGGCCGGGCUUCAGCAGGAGCAGCCUGAGGGUGAGAGCUGCUCCACUUGUAUAUGUGCAUCCAUACAUCCACAUCCUCCUUGAAAAAGAGAGGCUUGAGUUGAGUUUCCUGACCCGGGAGGGAUUUUCACUCUCUCUGCAAAGAGGGGCUCACCCUCCUCCUUUCCACUGGGACACAUGCCAGUGCCAUGGGGAGGGGGGGAACGGUGCUGCCCCGAGGGAUGGACGCAGUGGGUGCUGGAGCUCUGUGGGUGCUCGAUUGUGUGUACAAUCAUGGUUUUUGUUGUGGAUUAGGCCUGUGGCACAGGGAAUGACACCAAAUACUGCUGUUUUAACUAUGUAUAUAUAUUUUCACCACAUCAAGUGGCUGAACUGCCCAGCACCACCAGUGCAACCAUUUCUCCUCUCCGUUAAUUUACUUGUGCCCCGCAUCCCUGCUUCCCCCUCUUUAUGUUACAUGUGCUGUCAUUGCCUCUUAUUUAUGCUACCGCGGAAUAGUGCUGAAAUAAAAUGUUUUCAAGAUACCAGAA